UGCGGGGAAUUCGAUUGGUCAGUGGCGAUAAGUGCGAUCAAUGAUGAUGAUUGCUUCUCCUUGUCUCCUGCCCCUCCUUCCUCCCUUACACCUCACCUUCGUUCAUUCCACCCGAGUCGCACUUCGCUCAUCGGCGCAUUCUCACCAUGGCCAUCUCACACGAUCCCGUUACCGCAGCGCCCACCGGCAUCGACAUCGAGGCGUGGACAGUGGAACAGGCAGCCGAGGCGCUGCAGGCAUCAUCCAUCUCGACGCCGACCCCUCCCAGACCCCGCGCCAACGUCACGAUUGAGAUUCCGCUCGACGACGAUGCCCUCGCUGCCGCGAACGCCAUGGCCACGGCCGAGCCACGGUCAAAGCAAGAAGUACACACUGUGUAUAAGAGAAGCGCGCCCGUUCGCCGCGACAGCUUGAAACGCCGCGAAGCUCUUCUCAAGGGCAAAGAGGGCAGUCGCCGGAGACAGCGAUGGGAGAAUGACCGCUUGCUCAGCAACCCUUACGCUCAACCUCCCCUUCCUAGCGAUUGGGAGGUCCGUCCUACAUACCCAAUCCACAACGUACCCUAUUUCCUCGCCCCGUUGUGGGAUGCCGAGUACAAGGCCAAGGCUCAAGCUAAGAUUACUCCACGCCGUGCCAACAAUGUUGGCGACACACGAGCACACGGAUCCAAGGAGGAGCAAGCCGCGGCUCGAGUCCCUCGUGAGCUUCGCGAGAAGCUGAAGAAGAGCCGCGGUGCCAAGAACAUGCUUCAAGAUCUGGAAGAGGAGGUUAGAAGCUUUGUACAACAGUGGUCUUCCAAGGAGCGUCAGAUGGCCGAGGACGACUUGGUAGAUGGCGACAGUGAGGACGAGGAGAUCGUUUUCGUUGGCCGUAAUGGAGCCAUGAGCGAUGAUCGUAAGCGGUCGAAGAGUGUUGUCAGCGAUGACAGCAGCAUUGCGAGCAUCAGCAGUGAUGACUUGGCCAAGGAGAGGAUGAUCCUUGAGAGUCUCGUUGAUGAUCGUAGCGCUGCAUUCGGACGCUGGCUUGUACAUUCCAUCGCGACGUACUACGGUUUAGAGACGUGGUCAGUGACAAAGGGCAGUCCUGCUCGUCGUGAAGCCUAUAUCGGUCUUAAGCACAAGGCUGCUCCGGCGUUCGACGAACUCCCCCGACCUCUCUACGUCCUUGUAUAGAAGGCCUUGAGUUUUGAUGAUUUAUAUGUUGAUACGGCGAUUACAUCGGAAUAGACAUCCGCAGA